UCUGCUGCCUGGCUGGUCACUUGCAAUGGAGACUCCACGCGAUGAGGCACAAAAGGCAUGUGUGCUGGGAUCGGGAGCGUUCGGGACAGCCCUGGCACAGUUAAUGGCAAGAAAGGGGGUGCCGACAACAGCGUGGACACGAUCUCAAGAUGUCACAGACCUCAUCACCAGCACCCACGAGAACACCCCGUACUUGCCGGGCAUCAAGCUGAGCGAGCUUGUCGUGGCCACUACGGAGGUGUCGGAGGCCGCGGAAGGCGCCAGCAUCGUCUUCGUCGUUGUGCCUACGCCCUUCAUCAGAGAUUUCAUCGUGAAGCAUAGAGACAAGAUACCAACGGGGGUGCCAAUCGUGGUCUGCUGCAAGGGCAUUGAGAACGGCUCGCUGCUCACGCCUUUCGAGAUUCUGGAGGAGGAACUGCCGGGAAAGUACCACAAGCACCUGGCCUGUCUAUCCGGACCCUCCUUCGCGAGAGAGGUAGCGCUCGGGAAGCCCACCUCUGUCACCGUGGCCGCCAAGGACAUGGCCUGCGCGAGCAAGGUCCAGGAGAUGGUGAGCGACCUCAACUUCCGCGCCUACACCUCGGAUGACGUGAUGGGGCUCGAGCUCUUCGGGGCCGUGAAGAACGUUCUCGCGAUCGCGUGCGGGGCGAGCGAUGGGUUCGAGUUCGGGCUGAAUGCGAGGGCGGCGCUGAUCACGAGGGGCCUAGCGGAGAUCUCGCGCAUGGCGGUGAAGAAGGGGGCUUCGCCGCUGAGCAUGGGGUCCCUGUGUGGCGUGGGGGACCUGGUGCUCACUUGCACCGGCUCUCUCUCGCGUAACUGGACCGUGGGAAACAGGCUGGCGAGGGGGGAGGACCUUGAUACCAUCACGACCAGCAUGCGGAUGGUAGCGGAGGGGGUCAAGACUGCGAGUUCUGUGGUUGCACUCAGCGAUAAGAUGGGGGUGGAGAUGCCCAUCUGCCAAGAAGUCUUCGAGGUUCUCCACAACAAGAAGCCGGUCAUGGAGGCGUUGGCGUCCCUUCAAGGCCGACCGCACUCCCACGACCUCAGCCUCGAGCUCAAGCACUCGGAGGGCUGGAAGAGCAUGGGCUUGGGACACCCUUAA